AUGGCUAAUCUCUAUCCUGCAGCAAUCGAUAGUGAUGAAGAAGUUGAAGCAGACGAAAGUGGCGAGGAUGAAAAUAUGGAAGAUAUUGAGGCUGUUGCGGUUGUGAAAAAGAAGAAGGUUGCUGGAGCAGCAGACGAGUUCUCACCGAAUUUUUCCUUUGAAUGCUCUGAUGAGCAGAAGCUCGAUCGUGAUGAUGCUGCUCUCAAGAAGUAUCUACGCAAAGAAGUUGCGUCAACACUGGAAGAAAAGAUUGAAGCAGUUCGCAAAGCAAAAAACACCUCUAAAGAAGUUGAAGUAGUCGUCAAAGAUGAAGAUGAUGGUGUUGAACAAUUAGGAGGGAAGGAAGCAAGAGACACAUUGCGAGAAAAGAAGAAAAUGGGAAAGAAAAAUGUCAAGAAACAUGAUGACUUUUUUGAGGAGGCAAUGGAUGUUUCGGAUAAUAUCACUUUUGAUCAAAUGAAUUUGUCACGUCCAAUGCUAAAGGCGAUUGCUGCAGCAGGUUACACAGAACCAACCCCGAUUCAAGCAGCUUGUAUUCCUGUCGCUCUUUCUGGAAAAGAUAUUUGCGCUUGUGCAGCAACCGGAACGGGAAAAACAGCUGCUUUUGUGUUGCCGAUUCUGGAAAGGCUUCUGUAUCGGUCGAAUACUCGUUCUUGUACUCGUAUUUUGGUCCUCGUUCCAACAAGAGAACUUGCCAUCCAGGUCUUCCAGGUGUUCCGCAAGUUAUCAACGUACUCCCAGGUGGAAGUAUGCCUAUGUGCAGGUGAGUUGGAACAAAUUAGAACCCAUUCUUGCUCUUGA